AUGAUUGUGUCAAAUGCUUGCGAGGCAAGAGCGCAUCGAGCACUAUGCAUCGCUCAUCCGAUCUUGCCAAGACACACGCCAGGGGAGACAACUCCACGAGCGCGUCCUGGGCAGCGAGUUUCGGAGAAACAGAUACUUGGGCAAUUUGUUGGUAGAGAUGUAUGGCAAAUGCGGGGAUGUAGAGAGCGCAAGGCAGGCGUUCCGAGAGCAUAUGCCCAAGCGGGGUAUAUUGUCGAGGCGCGUAAAGUCUUCGAGGAGAUGCCAACAAAAGACGAGGCAUCCUUUACCGCUAUGAUUGCGGCUCUUGGGAGGGUUGGAGAGGUGAGGGCUGCCAAGAUCAUCUUUGAUGGCAUGCCGGUGUGGAACACCAUGUCGUGGAACACCAUGCUCCAGGUAUUUUCGACGAAUUCUUAUGUGGAAGAAGCGGAGAAGAUGUUUGAAACGCUGCUGGAGAAGAAUGUUGUGUCGUGGACUGGUAUGAUCGCUGCGUGUGGUGAGCAAGGAAACCCGGAGAAAGCCAGGGGAUACUUUGACACGAUGCCUUUCUUUGAUCUUGUAGCUUGGUGUAGCAUUGUCACCGCAUAUGCCCAAAAUGCGCAUGCUGGAGAGGCCAAGUUUUUGUUCGACAUGAUGCCAGAGCACAACCUGGUCGUCUUUAAUGUCAUGGUUCUGGCUUACGCACAAAACGGAAACUUUGAUGAAGCACGCAGCAUGUUUGAGCAAAUGCCGUUCCGGGAUUCGAUCUCUUGGACUGCCAUGGGAACGGCAUAUGCGCAAAACGGGCAUCUCCAAGAAGCAUGGAAAGUGUUUGAGGUCAUGCCGGAGAAGAACUUGGUGUCCUGGAACGCUAUGAUACAAGCUGUCUCGCAAGUCGGAAGGCUGGAUGCGAUGGCCGAGCUGGGAUACUCUCGGCUGCUCAACGAUCGUAAUAGAAACCAAUGGAGGACUCUGAGAGACAAGAGCGUAGCGGAGGCUCUUGGCCACCUCUAUCUCAUGCUUCUCGAUGGCUGGGAGCCAAACGAGGUGACAUACUUGAGCUUGGUUUCCGCUUGCGGUCACGCAGGCAUGCUGAAAGACGCAUUGUCCCACUUCAAGGCAAUGGCUUUCGACCACCGCCUGCGUCCUCAAGCCGGCCACUUCAGGUCCAUUCUGGAUCUCCUGAGCCGCGCAGGGAGACUGGCCGAGGCCAAGGAUCUCAUCCAAAACAUGCCGUUUGUCCCGGAGACUCCUGCGUGGGCGACGCUACUUUCGGCUUGUGGAACACAAGGUGACUCGAGACAGGAAAGUUCUAGCGUUGCACAGAGUGUGCUCGAGAUGAGGUCCAGGAGCUGUGGAUCCUACGUUCUCAUCUCCAAUCUAUACUCCGCAAAGAAGUACGCAAGACAGUGA